CCGCCUCCCGCGAUUCCCUGUCCCCGGGCUCGCUCACGAGGGGUGCCCGGGCCGGCACCACUGCUGCAGUGUGGUUACUGGCGGCAACCCCGGAGAUCCCCAUAAAUAUGCAGGAGCUGCGGAAGGCAAAGUAGAGUAGCCGCCAGCGCUCUCACGCUCUCCCCCGCCGCACACCCCGAGGGCCGUGUAGACAUCUCCCCCGGCCACCUUCUGCCCCUUCCUCGCGGGCCGUUCAGGUUCCCGCCGUGCCGGCUCCGGGGGCCCUCCCAGUCCGACGCCUCACCCAGUUCACGCCUCCCUCCGCCCCGGAGCGCGCACCCACCCGGGCGGCAAAGUUGUGACUACUUGGCCGCCGGUGGCCCGCAGCCCGCUCGAUCCGCGCCUCGCGCCGACAACUUCCCGCCGCUCGGCCCCGCCGCGUCCCGGGCCCGCGCUUGCGGGGAUCCCGCGGGGGCCCAGCCUCCAGCCCCGGCGGCGCGCCGGGCAGGGCUUCGGCGGCUGCGGCGGCGGUGGCAGCGGCCGCUGCGGCCCCACACUCCGCCGCCAAACUGGAGGAGCGACGGAAGCCGGACCCCAGGAGGAUGGAGGAUGAAGCUGUCCUGGACAGAGGGGCUUCUUUCCUUAAGCAUGUGUGUGAUGAAGAAGAAGUAGAAGGCCACCAUACAAUCUACAUUGGGGUCCAUGUGCCGAAGAGCUACAGGAGAAGGAGACGCCACAAGAGGAAGACAGGGCACAAAGAAAAGAAGGAAAAGGAGAGAAUCUCUGAGAACUACUCUGAUAAGUCAGACGUGGAAAAUGCCGAUGACUCCAGCAGCAGCAUCCUGAAACCUCUCAUCUCUCCUGCGGCAGAACGUAUCCGAUUCAUCUUGGGCGAGGAGGAUGACAGCCCAGCACCCCCUCAGCUCUUCACCGAACUGGAUGAGCUGCUGGCUGUGGACGGGCAGGAGAUGGAGUGGAAGGAGACAGCAAGGUGGAUUAAGUUUGAAGAAAAAGUGGAACAGGGUGGGGAGAGAUGGAGCAAGCCCCAUGUGGCCACAUUAUCCCUUCACAGCUUAUUUGAACUGAGGACAUGUAUGGAGAAGGGAUCCAUCAUGCUUGACAGGGAGGCCUCUUCCCUCCCACAGUUGGUGGAGAUGAUCGUUGACCAUCAGAUUGAGACAGGCCUAUUGAAACCUGACCUUAAGGACAAAGUGACCUAUACUUUACUCCGGAGGCACCGGCAUCAAACCAAGAAAUCCAACCUUCGAUCCCUAGCUGACAUUGGGAAGACAGUCUCCAGUGCAAGUAGGAUGUUUACCAACCCUGAUAAUGGCAGCCCAGCCAUGGCCCACAGGAAUCUGACUUCUUCUAGCCUGAAUGACAUUUCUGAUAAGCCAGAAAAGGACCAGCUGAAGAAUAAGUUCAUGAAAAAGCUCCCGCGUGAUGCGGAAGCCUCCAACGUGCUUGUUGGGGAGGUAGACUUCUUGGACACUCCUUUCAUUGCCUUUGUGCGGCUGCAGCAGGCGGUCAUGUUGGGCGCCCUGACUGAGGUCCCUGUGCCUACAAGGUUCUUGUUCAUUCUCUUAGGUCCUAAGGGGAAAGCCAAGUCCUACCAUGAGAUUGGCAGAGCCAUCGCCACCUUGAUGUCUGAUGAGGUUUUCCAUGACAUUGCUUACAAAGCGAAAGAUAGGCAGGACCUGAUUGCUGGCAUUGAUGAAUUCCUGGAUGAAGUGAUUGUCCUUCCCCCUGGGGAGUGGGAUCCAGCGAUCAGGAUAGAGCCUCCUAAGAGUCUUCCAUCAUCUGACAAGAGAAAGAAUAUGUACUCGGGUGGAGAGAAUGUGCAGAUGAAUGGGGACACGCCCCAUGAUGGAGGCCACGGAGGAGGGGGAGGCGGCCAUGCAGACUGUGAAGAAUUGCAGCGAACUGGACGGUUCUGUGGUGGACUCAUUAAGGACAUAAAGAGGAAAGCACCGGUUUUUGCAAGUGAUUUUUAUGACGCUUUAAAUAUUCAGGCACUUUCAGCAAUUCUCUUCAUUUAUCUGGCAACUGUAACUAACGCUAUCACUUUUGGAGGACUGCUUGGGGAUGCCACUGACAACAUGCAGGGCGUGUUGGAGAGCUUUCUGGGCACAGCUGUCUCCGGAGCCGUCUUUUGCCUCUUUGCUGGUCAACCACUCACUAUUUUGAGCAGCACAGGACCUGUUCUAGUUUUUGAAAGGCUUCUAUUUAAUUUCAGCAAGGACCAUAAUUUUGACUAUUUGGAGUUUCGCCUUUGGAUUGGCCUGUGGUCAGCCUUCCUGUGUCUCGUGCUGGUGGCCACUGAUGCCAGCUUCUUGGUUCAGUACUUCACUCGCUUCACUGAAGAGGGCUUCUCUUCUCUGAUUAGCUUCAUCUUUAUUUAUGAUGCUUUUAAGAAGAUGAUUAAGCUAGCCGAUUACUACCCCAUCAACUCUGACUUCAAAGUGGGCUACAAUACUCACUUCUCCUGCGUCUGCGUGCCGCCUGGCCCAGCUAAUAUCUCAAUAUCCAAUGACACCAUAUUGGCUCCAGAGGAUCUGCCAACCAUUUCUUCUACUGCCACAUACCAUAAUGCUACCUUUGACUGGGCAUUUUUAUCAAUGAAGGAGUGUUCGAAAUAUGGAGGAAAUCUUGUGGGAAACAAUUGCAGUUUUGUUCCUGAUAUCACACUGAUGUCUUUUAUCCUCUUCCUGGGCACCUACACCUCUUCCAUGGCUCUGAAAAAAUUCAAAACUAGUCGUUAUUUUCCAACCACAGCAAGAAAACUGAUCAGUGACUUUGCCAUUAUCUUGUCUAUCCUCAUCUUUUGUGUAAUAGAUGCCCUGGUAGGUGUGGAUACUCCAAAACUAAUUGUGCCAAGCGAGUUCAAGCCAACAAGUCCAAACCGAGGUUGGUUUGUUCCACCAUUUGGAGGAAACCCCUGGUGGGUGUACCUUGCAGCUGCCAUCCCUGCCUUGCUGGUUACCAUUCUGAUUUUCAUGGACCAGCAAAUCACAGCUGUGAUUGUAAACCGGAAAGAACAUAAACUCAAGAAAGGAGCUGGAUAUCACCUGGAUCUCUUUUGGGUGGCCAUUCUCAUGGUGGUGUGCUCCUUCAUGGCUCUCCCAUGGUAUGUGGCUGCCACUGUCAUCUCCAUUGCUCACAUUGACAGCUUGAAGAUGGAGACAGAGACUUCUGCACCUGGAGAACAACCAAAGUUUUUAGGAGUGAGGGAGCAGAGAGUCACUGGAACCCUUGUGUUUAUUCUGACUGGCCUGUCCGUCUUCAUGGCCCCCAUUUUGAAGUUUAUUCCCAUGCCUGUCCUCUAUGGAGUGUUCCUGUAUAUGGGGGUAGCAUCCCUCAACGGUGUGCAGUUCAUGGAUCGUCUGAAGCUGCUGCUGAUGCCCCUGAAACACCAGCCUGACUUUAUCUACCUGCGCCAUGUCCCCCUGCGCAGAGUCCACCUGUUCACUUUCCUGCAGGUGUUGUGUCUAGCCCUGCUCUGGAUCCUCAAGUCAACUGUGGCUGCUAUCAUUUUUCCAGUCAUGAUCUUGGCACUUGUAGCUGUCAGAAAAGGCAUGGACUACCUCUUCUCCCAGCACGACCUCAGCUUCCUAGAUGAUGUCAUUCCAGAAAAGGACAAGAAAAAGAAGGAAGAUGAAAAGAAAAAGAAAAAGAAAAAAGGAAGUCUGGACAGUGACAAUGAUGAUUCUGACUGCCCAUACUCAGAAAAAGUUCCAAGUAUUAAAAUUCCAAUGGACAUCAUGGAACAGCAGCCUUUUCUAAGUGAGAGCAAACCUUCCGACAGAGAAAGAUCACCAACAUUCCUUGAACGCCACACAUCAUGCUGAUGAAAUUCCUUUCCUUCAGUCCCUCGAUAUGCCAAGUCCUCCUAGAACUCCAGUAAAAGUUGUGCCUCAAAUUAGACUAGAACUUGAGCCUGAAGACAAUGAUUAUUUCUGGAGGAGCAAGGGAACAGAAACUACAUUGUAACCUGUUUGUCUUUCUUAAAACUGACAAUUUUUGUUGUGAAUGUUCUUGUUUUUUUGUUUGGUUCUUUCUUUUUUAACCUUUGUUGUGUUUUGGUUUUUGGUCACCAGCCAAAUAAUACAGCACUCUCUCUGCUUCUCUCUUGCAUAGGUGAAAUCAGGACAGUAGUCACCAUUCCUUAAAAGCACCUGCAGGGUCCCCUUUUUUGUUCUUGUACUUUCAGAUGUGUCCUCCACUCUGAUCCCUCGGUCACUCGAGACACGCACAGACCCUGGCCUUUUCCUUUAUUAGUAGAGAGCAAAGAUAGUCAGGAUUUUACAACACCUUUUAUUAAAAUAUUGAAGGAACUUAACUUGAGCUUUGGAGCUGUGCUUACUGGCUUGUCUUUCUGUCUGGAAGAACAGACCUUGGCUUCCAGGCAAGAGUUCCUUCUUGCUUAUAGAGCUCUCCAGGACUGGAAAAAGUGCUGCUAUUUUAACUUGCUCUUGCUUAUAAACCCUUUUCUUAGAUUAUCAAAAGAAGAAAAACGGAAGGUACUUUACUCCCUGUAGAGAAACUAUUGCCAAUCUUGUAGCAAGUGCUGAAAUACCCCUUUUUCCUAUGCAACUUUUUUAAACCCUUUAAUGAACUUAUCUGUUGAGUACAUUGAAGAAUAUUUUUCUUCCUAGAUUUUAUUGUUUAAAUUAUGGAGCCUAACCUGCAACUUAUUUUUUGUCAAUUUUUUAAACUUUUUUUUAAUUACUGUAAAGAAAAUGAAUUUUUUCCUGCAGCAGGAAACAUAGUUUUGAGUAGUUCUACCUCUUAUUUGUAGCUGCCAGGCUUUCUGUAAAAAUUGUAUUGUAUAUAAUGUGAUUUUACACACACACACACACACACACACACAUGCAUGCACGCACACACGCACAUACACAAUCUCUAGGGUAAGCCAGAGGGCUAUAUCAGAUUAAAAACACCAUGUUUCUAAGCAUCCAUUUUUCCCUUUCUUUAAAGGAAAUUUAACUGUUCUAUGAAGGAGAUUGGGGAGAAGGGAGAGGCUUUUAUGUAAUGGGAAGAACUGAUGUUUUGUUAACAAUAGUAUCUGGGCAUAGAUGCUGAUUGUAUUACCAUGUCAAUGUCCUAUGCAGUAUUGUUAGAAAUUUUUUUCUUUUUGAAAUAUUUGUCUGUUUGUGUAUGUACUCUGUGUGUGUUUGGUGCACAUAUGUGCAAAGUUAGAAAGAGACAGAGAGACAGCAGGCAAAGGGCAAAGUUACCAGACCUCUUGUGUCAGUUUUCAUGAAACUCAAAUCACAUAUGACAAAUCCAUCAAAGGUCCAAGAGACUUACCAUUAUGCAAAUGAGAGUAAAUAUAUUUGGUUACCCAGAUAUCAGUCAUAACCAUCAUUGAUAAAGUAGCCCAUAUUCCCCAUACAAAACCCAUAGGAAUAUUAAUAAAUCACUCACACAUUGAUAGGAAUGCAGAUAGAUCUGCAGAGGCAUAUGUGUAUACAUGUUAACGUACUCAUAUUUUUUUAGGAUGGAAAGGCAAUUAUUCCUUGUGAUAGGGGCAUUUAGAGUAGAUAUGUGCAGAUAUAUGUGGAUGUGUAUUUCAAAGUACCAUAUUGAAAAUCAGCAAAAAGAAAAUUAGGUCUAUAUUAGCUAAAUUUAGCAUGUUAUCUAAAUAUAAUGUUUGUAAUAGGUUGCAUUAUGUAUUGUGAAUCUGCAUUAAAAACAUUUUAAAUAUUGAAUCCAUAAUUUUGGAUUCAUAUAACCAUAUUUGUGAUAUAUCCUAACUAAAACAGGUUGUUGGUGGAAGACUAGAAGCAGAAUGAAACUACUUAUUUUGGUUUCAGAAUAUGCCUAUAUGGACUCCCACUCAUUUUAUACCCCUUAAAUUAUAAUUCUGUCCUCUUUUAAGUUUUUACUAUAAAAAUAUUAUUAUCCUGAACUACUGUUUUAUAGUAUCUGAUAAUCUUAAAACUUUUAAUUUUAUACAAAUUAGACAUAAAUGACCUGCAAUGUUUUUCAUUAAAAUUAAAGUUACAAAUUACAUGUUGUUUAAGACCUCACAUGUCAAAUUUUGGUAUCACAUUUGUAUUUCGAACUAUCCUUCCAACGAUUACUCUAUUGUAUCUAAUGUUUCAUUACCCUUACAUAAAAUAAGUUCAACCUAACCUAUGAUCUUGUUAAAUUAAAGAUGCUUUUGUUCUUUUAUAUAAAGAACUUUUACAAAAAGCUCUGGAUAAAACUUAUUUUUCUGAUCAUGAAUCAAAUAUUUGAGGAUUUAUACCCCUUCCCUUCACUUUCAAAGAACUGCUGGAACAAGUUAACUCAGUAUUUCAGCCUUUGAAUAGAUCUAAAAGCUAUCUGAAUUCCCAUUUAUGGUCCAUAUUCUGUGACAGAAGGUUGAAAUUCAUGACAUGAAUGCAAAAUAGUAACUUAGUUUUAGAACAGUUAAUAUCAAACCAUUUCAGUAUUUUGGAACCCAGGGAAGUUUUUACAAAAACACUACUUUUAGAGGAAUAAAAGUGAUUACCAAACAAGCAAAACCUGAGGUCCAUAUAGAGCCACCAAAUUAUCUACAUUUCAACUGAAUUUACUUGUCUAAGAACUAACCAGGUUUUGGGGUGCUUUCAUUUUUAUGUAAACUGGACACACAGAAUACAACAGAAAAUUUUUUACAAAGUGUUUUUCCCUGAUGUGAAUACUGAGGUAGAACAUUCAAGCUUUUAGAAGUGCAGGACUAAGUACACACUCCGAGAUAUUAACCGGAAAUCCUGUGGUUGUACAAACUUAACUGUUGGCAGGAAAGAGAUCACUAGGCCAAGGGUCUGCCUUAGCAAAGGAGCAUUAAGGCCUUUGGUUUUGCAUUUGAAAGAAAAUCUCAAGGAGACGCUGUUUUCCUAGAUAAAAGUCAGUCUUCUCUAAUAUAUAAAACAAUGUUGGAAUUCAAAUUAUUUUGUGUGCCAUAGGCAAUAUGUUUCUGUCUCUUUUUUUCUGUCAAGCAGUGGAGGUGGAGUGGGAGGAUGGAGGCUUAAAGACAAUCAAAAUCCUCUCUACUCACCUCCCCACCUCAUAGAAUGGGGCAGGGGACGGGCCAGAGGGGGAAAUUGUCUGCCAUCAGUGAUUCAGUUUGUGUAUACUCUAUGUACAGUGCACCACCACACACAGAGGAAAUCUUUUAUUUGCUAUAUAUUGAUGUUGAAUACAGAGAAGGAUUGUCUUCCGAAUUUUUGGUUCUUUUUUUCUUAACCUGUGUUAAAGUACUUGAAAUGUAUUGACUGCUGACUAUCUUUAAAAAACAAAACCAUGUGAGUCAUAUUACAGAGGUUGACAUUGUGCAGGGAUGGGACAAAGCUUCCUUCAAUCCUUUUCAUACCACUUAAGGGUUUUGGAUCGAGAGCUUGAGAUUUUCUUAUUAUUCCAUAUUUCCCAUCUACUCUUCACAGCGUGAGCCUGAAGCCCAAGGGCACCAAUGGCUACUACAAUCAAAUGAUAUUUUAUAGCACUUGACUAUCUGAAGAGUCUUGGGACUUUUCAGAAUGAAGAUUUCAUUGAGAUUCAUUGCAGCCUGAAAUAAAAAAAAUUUGUGAUAAAUGCUAAUCAGUCAAGUUGCAUUUUGACCAGAAAUUUGUAUAUGUCCUAUUUCUUGGCUCAUUUCUUUGUGCUCUAUGGGUACAAUACAAAAAUCCUGAAUUCUUUUUUCCUAGGCAAAUUUUGCAACUCAGGGCUAAAGUAAUCCAGUGAAACUUUUAGAGCCAGAAGUAACUUUGUCCCAGUCCUACAAUGUGAAAGGAGUAAAUAAUUGCCUCUUUUUAGCCAUUUUCAUGGCUGGUACAUACCUGUACACAUUACUUUUCAGAAUCAGUAUGCACUUUCAGAUAUUCUUAUUUUUAUUCUCUUAAGUCUUUAUUAACUUUGGAGGGAUGAUGCAUCUUUUUAUUUUAAAUGAAGUAGAUCAACAUGGUGAAACAAACUGAUAAAGAACAGAAAACAUUUCAAUAUAUUACUAAUAAUUUUUUCCAAUAUAAAACCUAAAAUUCCUAUAACAUUAUAGUAUUUUACAGUUUUAUGAAGCUUUCUAUUGUGACUUUUAUGGAAUUAAGAGAUGAAGAAGAUGAGAUAUUUUAGCAUUUAUAUUUUUCAAAAUUAAAUGUAUACUUAAAAUAAAGUAACUUUAUGCAUU